AUUAAUUGACAGUGUCAAUUUGCAACUGGGUAGGUACGCUGGUACCAUAUGCCCAAUGGAAGAAAUAUUACGUUAUCGUUGUAAAUAAGGUAGUUUUGAAAUGUAUCUUUCAUUUAAAAGAAAGUUUCUCAAUUUAUGCAAUAUAAAAUUGAUUAAUUGCACCUUAUACUGAUAGUCGAGUAUUAAGUAGUUGCUGAAAUUCUGAAGCUACCGUUAGACGAACAGAAAAUGGCUUCAGUUAUUGAAAUUCCCCUCAGGGACACGGAUGAGGUCAUAGAACUCUAUUCUGAUCAACUGCCUGAUGGAGAUGAAGUUUUAGGCAUUUUGCGUCAAGAAAAAACUCAAUUGAAUGUCUGGGUAAAUCUAGCUCUGGAAUACUACAAACAAGAGAAAAUAGAUGAUUUCCUCAAGAUACUGGAAGCUUCUCGAACAGAUGCCAAUAUCAACUACCGUGAUUAUGAAAAAGAUCAAAUGCGUGCACUAGAUAUGCUUGCAGCGUAUUAUGUCCAGAAAGCUAAUAAGGAGAAGAAUAAAGACCGAAAGCGAGACCUUUUCACGAAGGCAACUCUUCUGUACACUACAGCUGAUAAGAUUAUUAUGUACGACCAGAAUCAUCUUCUGGGCCGUGCCUAUUUCUGUCUUUUGGAAGGCGAUAAGAUGGAGCAAGCAGACGCUCAGUUCAACUUUGUGUUGAAUCAGUCGCAGAAUAAUAUUCCAUCCCUCCUGGGGAAAGCUUGCAUUGCCUACAAUAAGAAAGAUUAUCGAGCAGCUUUGGCAUUUUAUAAGAAAGCACUGAGAGCUAAUCCUAACUGUCCGGCGGCUGUCAGGUUAGGAAUGGGGCAUUGUUUCAUCAAGUUGAACAAUCUCGAAAAAGCUCGGCUUGCCUUCGAACGAGCUCUAGAGCUGGACCCGAAAUGUGUCGGAGCUUUGGUUGGUUUGUCGAUACUCAAAUUGAAUUUGCAACAGCCCGACUCGAUAAGAUACGGUGUGCAGAUGUUGUCUAAGGCAUAUACCAUCGAUUCUUCUGACCCAAUGGUUUUGAAUCAUUUGGCAGAUCACUUCUUUUUCAAAAAGGACUAUAGUAAGGUUCAACAUUUGGCGCUCCAUGCCUUUCACAAUACAGAAAACGAGGCUAUGAGGGCAGAAAGUUGUUACCAGCUUGCCAGAGCUUUUCAGGUUCAGGGUGAUUAUGAUCAAGCUUUCCAGUAUUACUAUCAGGCGACCCAGUUUUCACCGGCAUCAUUCGUUUUGCCACAUUUUGGGUUAGGUCAGAUGUAUAUCUACAGAGGAGAUACUGAAAAUGCUGCCCAGUGUUUUGAAAAAGUUUUGAAAUCUCAACCAGGUAAUUACGAAACCAUGAAGAUAUUAGGCUCUUUAUAUGCCAGUUCUACUUCUCAAUCUAAAAGGGAUAUUGCAAAAGUGCACUUGAAGAAGGUGACGGAUCAGUUCCCGGAUGAUAUUGAGGCCUGGAUUGAGUUGGCUCAGAUUCUCGAACAGAGCGACUUGCAGGGUUCCCUGCAGGCUUAUGAAACAGCCAUGCAGCUUUUGAAGAAAAAUGUGCAAUCCGAGAUUCCCGUGGAAAUUUUGAAUAAUGUUGGAGCCUUACAUUAUAGGCUGAACAACUUGGAGGAGGCUCAGAAGUAUACCGAGGAAGCUCUGAGACGAGCCAAAGUAGAGGCUGCACAUGAUCCGCAGUACUACAACUCUGUCUCUGUAACUAUGACCUACAAUUUGGCUCACCUCAAUGAAGCUAUGUUCUUAUUCGACAAGGCUGAAAAACUCUACAAAGACAUUUUAAAGGAACAUCCAAACUAUGUGGACUGCUAUUUGCGGUUGGGCUGUAUGGCGAGAGAUAAAGGGCACGUUUAUGACGCCUCAGAUAUGUUCAAAGAAGCCCUCAGGAUAGACACUGAACAUCCUGAUGCUUGGUCUUUGAUGGGAAACCUUCACAUGGCAAAGCAAGAGUGGGGACCCGGUCAGAAAAAGUUCGAGAGGAUAUUGAAUAAUCCCUCAACCUCCCAAGAUGCAUAUUCGCUCAUUGCUUUGGGCAAUGUAUGGCUCCAGACUCUCCACCAGCCUAAUAAAGAUAAAGAAAGGACGAUAAGACACCAAGAACGUGCGCUGUCUAUUUACAAACAAGUUCUCAAAAUUGACCCCAAAAAUAUUUUUGCUGCUAAUGGCAUUGGAGCUGUUUUGGCCCAUAAAGGAGCUGUUAAUGAAGCAAGAGAUAUUUUUGCUCAGGUUAGAGAGGCUACAGCGGACUUCUCAGAUGUGUGGUUGAACAUAGCCCAUAUUUACGUAGAGCAGAAACAAUUUGUGAGUGCCAUUCAGAUGUACGAGAACUGUUUGAGGAAAUUUUUCAAAUAUAAUAAUGUUGAGGUGCUUCAGUACUUGGCUAGGGCUUACUUUCGAGCUGCCAAAUUCAAAGAAGCCAAAAUGGUACUGUUGAAGGCGAGGAGAGUUGCUCCUCAAGAUACAAUAUUAUUGUACAACAUAGCGCUGGUAUUACAAAGGUUGGCAACUUCUAUAUUGAAAGAUGAAAAGUCAACUUUAUCUACAGUAUUGCAGGCCGUACACGAACUAGGAAUAUCCCUGAAGUAUUUCAAUUACUUAGUUGAGUUGAACGACAAGAUGAGAUACGACGUCUCGUUGUGUGAACUUGAAGCCAGGCAGUGCAAAGAUUUAUUGUCUCAAGCGCAGUAUCAUGUUGCUAGAGCAAGAAGGGUCGAUGAAGAAGAAAGGUUGAUAAGGAGGAAGCAAGAUGAAGAGCGUACUGCUUUCAAAUUGAGACAAAUUGAGGAACAAAAGAAGAUGGAAGAAGUUCAACGACUCACUAAAGAACAGAUGCUGCAGAAGCGGCAAGAAUACAAAGAGAAGACCAAAAAUGCUGUUAUGUCCAUAGAACUUCCUCCUGAGAAGAAGAGUAAGGGCAAAGGUAGAAGUAAAGGCGAUAUUCUCUCUGGUUCAGACAGCGAUCAAGAUAACCCUGAAGGUGCUCCAAGAGAGAAGAAAGAAAAGAAAGAAAGGGGGCGCAAGAAACAGAAAACAGAUGAGAGGAAGAAAUCGGGUAAGGGAAGAAAACGUAAAGAGAGGGAAGAAAAUUCUGAUGGAUCUGGUAGUGAUCGUCCGAAAACGCACAGAAAGAAAAAGGUUAAGGAACCCAAAACAAAAGUUAAGAAGGAUGAUGGUCUCAGUGCCAAGCAAAAGAGUCGGAUCGUCUCUAAAGCUACAAUUUCUUCAAGCGAUGAAGAUAGCGAUGACAAUAGGCUUAAAUUAGCAAGUGGAGAUGAAAGCGAUCAAGGAACAAGUAAGAGGAAAAGGAAAAUCUCUUCUGGUUCCGAUUCGGAUCGGUCCAAGUCCCGAAGUAGGUCCAGAUCUAGAAGUGGAUCUAGAGCCAAAUCUCGUUCAAAGAGUCCAUCAAGGUCUCGAUCACGCUCUAAGAGUCCGUCGAAGUCUCGAUCCCGUUCCAAGAGCCCAUCAAGAUCUCGAUCUCGCUCAAAGAGUGGUUCCCGAUCUAGAAGUGUUUCCAGGUCCAGGUCUAGAUCUAGAAGUAGAUCAAAGUCCAAGAGCAGAUCAAGAUCUCGUUCAAAGUCUGGAAGCAGGUCAAGGUCCAGAUCGGGGUCCAAAUCAUCUUGAUAUUUUUUUUAUAUUGAAAUUUGUAAAUGGUUGAUAAAUUUUUGUAGACUGA